CACCUCCCUCAACUCUUCUUCUCUCUCCCUCCCUCUCACACCACCUCCCUUAGUGUGCUCCGGUCUUUCAGUCCAUCAGCAAUGCCUGGCCCUGUAAUGCCAAUGGAUGUGGCUAUGAGAUUCUACAUGAGCACUCCCCGCCCUCCUCUCCGAGGUUUCCUCAGCUCCUAUGAUGAGCUGAAGAGGACAAAGAACCGGGUCAACCAGUCGACCACCCGCAGCCACAGCCAGCAGCUCUACAAACCACUGCGGCCCUGCCUCAGCAACCAGCAGAAAGCAGUGGAUGAGGGCGACUGUAUGGGCUGGAGCACCAACAAGGCCGGCAAGAAGAAAGUGGUGUUCGCAGACACCAAGGGCAUGUCACUCACCGCCAUCCACGUCUUCUCCAAGUUUGACGAUGAGCCAUAUAAAAACAAGCGGUGUAGGGGAAUCACAGAGGAUCUGCAGUUUGACAUGACAGACCUGGAAACAGCCACAAUGGAUCUAAAGAUCAGCUCGGUGCGCAACCUGGCGCUGGACUUUAAACAGCCCUCCGCCGACUACCUGGAUUUCCGGAACCGCCUGAUUCAGAACUCGGUCUGUUUGGAGAACUGCUCGCUGCAGCAGCGCUCGCUGACCGGCACCAUCAAGGUCCGAAACAUGGGGUUUGAGAAGUCGGUGCAGUUGCGCGCCACCUUCGACUCAUGGGCCGGCUUCACUGACGUCGAGUGCAGCUUCAUGAACAACGUCUACAGCUGCCAGGAUACUGACACCUUUGCAUUCGUCCUGGAGCUGCCUGCCUACAUCCCACCACACAAACGCGUUGAGUUCUGCAUCUGCUUCAAAGCCCAGGACCAGAUCUUCUGGGACAAUAAUGAUGACAAGAACUACGUUCUCAAGCACGUUGGCUGGAACGGAGAGGACCUGAACAUUCUGACACCAACGACUUCCCUUGAGCAGAGGAAGCCUUCAGAGUUCAGAAACGGGGGAGUGAAGGUUCUGGAGAUGGAGUUUGAUCAGUUCGGCAGCCCACGCAUGUCCAGUGGACUCUUCCCUGGCUGGCAGAGUUGGGGGCAGAUUGAUAACGCUGUGCCUUAUUGGUGAAAACAUGAGAAUGUUUGCUGAAAUGACAUGGGAAUAAGAUAACAGACUCUGACAGGGCAUUCAGUGCAAAUCCAGCUGGAGUUUGAGCUUAGAAGGGCUGUCAGACAGAAACUGAAGCGAACCACCUCUGCUUUAUAGCAGAGGAAAUGUACAAACCAGAGAGAAAUCUGUAGCUGUAAAGUGCUCAACUGACCUGCUUCUUGCUGUAACGUGGUCCUCUGGCCUGAGAAAACUAAUGAUCUGUGGUUGGACGACGAGGGAUUAAUGGGAAAAAAUCUAUCAUGUUUCACAUAUUCUUUUGUAAAAUAUUAAUGUGCCUUCUCAGAGUGCCUGCCCACUAACAUACAGACCAUUUGUACAGCCACCAACAAGUGUUGAGCCCCUUUUGAGGGUCUGAUGUAUCGGUUAGAUAUGCACUGAUUGAGAUGUAAUGUCUGUAAACUGACGAAGUAGAAACGGAGAUGAUUAAGUCCUUCAUAUUGAAGGGAAAGCACGCGGAGUGCAUGGCAACAAAAUGCUUCUCGACUUAAAGAAACACAGCUGAUUCAUUUCUAAUGGAAGAAUGGACACUAAAUCUUUGCACCUACAAAUGAGAAAAAUAAUUCGACAAGAUUCAAAUGGCCUUAUUUUUAAUUUUUGAGUCAUGCAACCCUUUCUUUCCCUCCAUGUAAAUUUCUCAUGUAUGAUGAAAAGUGUUUGGAUGAUGUAAUACUGAUGUAAGUUUGUUGAGGGACUGAGCUGCUAUCAAAAGACGUGUCGCAAGAGAGACUGUGCAUGUGAUUGGUAAAGUCGAAUGUGGACAACGGAAGGUUAAAGUAUGUCGGGGAAGGAAUGAUCGAAGACGAAUGUUUAUAUUUGCGUGUUUUAACAAGUGCAAUUCUGUGAUGUGUGUACAGUAUGUGUGGCUGGACGUGAGAGUCAAUCUAUUCUUGUCUCACUGUGAAGAAAGGUCUGCGCCCCAGCAUUUUGUUUCACUUGAAGGUGUGUUUAAUGUAUUUACCUUUCAGAAAUAAAUUUCUAUAUUUGUGUUAAAAUA